AUGGAGAAGACGAGGAAGCCAUUGAUGAUGGUGGCCAUUGAUGAAAGUGAGCAUAGCUUCUACGCAUUAGAGUGGGCACUCACCAAUUUCUUCCCUUCUCAAAUAUCCCAUUAUUUCCAGCUCAUGCUUGUUCAUGCCAAACCCUCUACCUCUUCUCUUGUUGAGAUCAAGGGUAUGCGACUUACAUUUGUCAAAAAUCUGGAAGCAGAGUUUGUAUCGAUUCUAGGAGAAGAUCUUGAGAGUAUGGCUGAUAAAACAAUCCAAAAGGCCAAGGAGAUUUGUGGCAGAAAAUCAGUGGAGAAUGUAAUAACAAAAGUGCUGGAGGGGGAUGUAAGGAAUGUUCUGUGUGAAGCGGCGGAUAAAUUUGAUGCCACCAUUCUUGUUUUGGUUAGUCAUGGUUAUGGUGCUGUCAAAAGGGUGGUUCUUGGCAGCGUGAGUGAUUAUUGCGUGCAACAUGCGCAAUGCUCAGUGAUGGUUGUCAAGAGGCCUAAGAUAAAGCGAAUCUCUUCCUCUUCCCGGCUCCACCGCAAUAGUGUACAGUGAAGUAGCGGUCCAAAGUUAUUGAGAUUGGG